GGGAAGUUGCGAGAAGAAAGAAAGGAGGAGACGUGAUCUGGGUUGUUGAAAUUACUCGUAGGUUGUUCAGUACGUAACCGCAGUGCGCUAGCUAAUUGUUUUUUUGUGUGAAUACUGUUGUGGCCGUAUUAAGUGUUCGAAAACAUCUUCUCACUCUCAGCUCAAGCCCUGACAGUGUGGUCGGACACGUGGGACGCCGGGGGACUAGGUCAUGGCCAAUCGGGGAGGAGCUACGAGACCCAACGGGCCCAACGCUGGGAACAAGAUCUGCCAGUUUAAGCUGGUGUUGCUGGGGGAGUCAGCGGUGGGAAAGUCCAGUCUGGUUCUGCGCUUCGUCAAGGGACAGUUCCAUGAGUUCCAGGAGAGCACAAUAGGAGCGGCCUUCCUGACCCAGACAGUGUGUCUAGACGACACGACGGUCAAGUUUGAGAUCUGGGAUACUGCGGGACAGGAGCGCUACCACAGCCUGGCGCCCAUGUACUACAGAGGAGCGCAGGCUGCCAUCGUGGUCUACGACAUCACUAAUGAGGAGUCGUUUGCGCGGGCCAAGACCUGGGUGAAGGAGCUGCAGAGACAAGCCAGUCCCAACAUCGUCAUCGCUCUUUCAGGAAACAAGGCGGAUCUGGCCAAUAAGAGAGCUGUGGACUUCCAGGAUGCCCAAUCAUAUGCAGAUGACAACAGCCUACUCUUCAUGGAGACGUCAGCCAAGACAUCGAUGAAUGUGAACGAGAUAUUCAUGGCCAUCGCGAAAAGAUUGCCCAAGAGUGAGCCACAAGCUCCUGGAGCCAGUAGUGGGCGGAGCCGAGGCGUCGACCUGACGGAAACCGCCCAGCCCACCAAGGCCCCGUGCUGCAGUAACUAACGCGUGGCUCCUCCUCCCCUGUCCUGUUCUCUAACUAAUGCGACCGACGGCCCGACUGCCACUGCAGCAUCUAAUGCGAUGUCCAAUCCAAAACUCAGAUCUGCAGCAAAAAAAAUAUAAAAAAACGUAUCCCCCCUCCCUCUUCCCUCCCUCUUCCCUGUAGUCGUUUAAGCCCACAUCAAUCUCUCAACAUCGCCCCCCCCCCCUUUUGGUUCUACUGUUACUAAUGACGACCUCUCCUACCUCUCCCACUCGGGUAUUUGCGCCCCCACCCCUCCAAUUCCAACACCCCGACACACACCCACACACCCUCAGAUGGCAAUACGGCCAGAACUGAGGACCAGGGCUCUUCCAAAUAAUCUUGUGUCUCCUGGGAUGGCAAAAGACUUUUUCUGCGUUUCGAUUUCUUUCCUUUUUUUUUGUUUGUUUGUUAUUAUGGUUGCAUGUAUCACUAUAAGGCCUAACAUAAAAAAAAUCUGUUUAAAUGUAUUUUCUGCGACACAAGAGUCUAGGGUGAAAAGAGGAGAGUACUGUCUCCAAAAAAAACCCUAAUAAAUUCAACUGGAUGCCAGGAAAGGGAAGAAUAUGGAGGAAGAGGGGCCCAGGGCCAUCGUUUUACUCCAAGCUUGCCAAAGCUGGAUCACUUCCUCAUCAGAAGGAUAUAUUCAGAUGGUUUGUCAAUAAUCCUUGGGCUUUCUAGUUUCUCUCGUGCUCUAUCCUUUCUCAGCUCUUUGUACCUCCGCCCGCCCACACACACACAGAUCAUAUUGGCGCACUAGUAUAGAGUGCUUCUCGCUGUAACUGGUGGCAUCGUGCAAUUGUUUACAGUAUUUGGUCUUUGACUUAAAGUGUCUACAAUGCAAAGCUUGACGUAAGCCCUUCACCUCCCCCCCCCCCCCCAGUGUGACCCUUUCUUGUCGUGACCUUAAACCUCCAUCCUGGGAUGGGAGUUGGGUCCCUCUCAUAGGUGUCCCUAUCGGUUGAUAGAAAGUCCUUGUGUUUGCAUUGGGUUGAUGUUAUCUAGACAUGACUGGCAGACUAGGCUGCUUCAUGAAACACAGCUGAUUCUUUCACCAAGGCAGGUGGGGUGAGGGGAGUGAGUGAUGAGUGGCUCUUUCAGUUCAGAAUACUCUUCCACCCCUUAUUUUUUUUAGGAAGUGUUUCUGACACACAUUCAUAGUGAUUUGUUGAAGCGCACACACACACAGGCAGUUAUUUUUGUUUUUUAAAUCCCUUCCAGCCCUGUAAUAGAACACAAGCACAGCAAAAAGCUUUUUCACAACUUCCUGACACAUGCACACACUUGUGUUCUUUCCAACCCCCCCAACACCCACAUUUCUGCAAGAUUAGAAAAACACACACCCCGACCCUGCACCCCCAUCCGGUCAAUAUCUCCUGACAGAUCUGUCUGACUCAUGCCUUGCACUAAUGACGCUCAUGAAUUUAUCUUGUCAUAAUUACAGCCAGUGUGAUAUAAAUAUUAUAUAUAUAUAUAUAAAUAAUAUACUGUAAAUAGGGUGUUGCAAUGUAGCCUACUUUUUUCGAUUUACAAUGGACAAGACUAAUGCUUGCUAAGGAGUUGUCUAGAUAAUCAUUAAAACAACUGUACAGUUACCAGAAAACAUCUUUGGUCUGGGUCCGGAAUUAUGAUUAUGUUCUUUUUUCACAAAAUGGUUAAAUUAUAAUCAGUGGUGGUCUUUAUAAAUGUAUGUAGUGUUAUUAACAAAAAAAAUGUUUAUUUAGUGGUCUGUCUUGUACUUUUUCUCAAGGAAAAAAACUAAAACAUUUCAACAUUUUGAUUUCUAUUUUUUAACAUUCUCUCAUUUUCAUGUAUUUCUUUUAGUGGUUGUUCGGCUAGAAACACCUGUCCAGUCCUCCUCACAGAUUCUCUGGGUGUGUAGACUCUUAUCAAAGCUAGCUCGCAAGUAGAUUGGAAAACGACUGUCUUAACAAACCUCUAUGGCGUCACAGUGGCAAUGUAACAACGUUGUAGGAACAAUGUAAUAACCUUGAUGGCAA